AUGGGAUUCCUUGACGCUCUUAACCCUUUCUGGAGAUCGGAAAAAGGUGGGAUAGACGUUGAGACGCGGACUGUGCUCCCUGGUAAUCCAUCCAAUGUGUACUGCGACAACACGGUGAGGAGCUCCAAGUACACACUACUUACCUUCCUGCCAGUGAAUCUAUUUGAGCAAUUUCAUCGUCCGAUUAACCUUUAUUUUCUGUUCCUUACGGCGCUUCAGUUUAUUCCCUCUGUGGCCCCUGUGAGUCCACUUACUUCACUGCUGCCACUGACUAUAGCCUUUUUGAUCACCGCCAUCAAGGAGGGCAUUGAUGAUUGGUACGGGCACAGAGUUGACAAUGAAUGCAACUCCAGGUGGUACAGUAUGGUCAAUAUGGAGACCCUGGAAAUAGAGCGGGUACAAUGUAGGGACAUUCGUGUUGGAAACGUGUUGCUACUGCUUCCCAUGGAGGUGGUCCCGUGUGAUGCUCUUUUAUUGCUUUCCUCAGAUAAAAAUGGGGAGGUGGUGAUUUCCACUGAGGCGUUGGACGGUGAAUUAGUUUGCAAAACACGUCACGCCAUAUUAGCUGAUGUUAAUACCCAACGUCCGACACCGAGUGCGGCAACUGUGGAUACGUUUCAGGAGAAUGAACUUGAUAUACGUGCUGCUGCCGAGUUGAUCAGGGAUGCAGCAUGCGUCAUCGAAACCGAGGGACCAAAGUCGUUUGUUAACAGUUUUACUGGCUUCGUCCAAGUAAAAUCACCUCAUAGUAGUGAAGAGGAGGAAAUACUGAUUGGGCUGAGUGCUGAAAAUGUUGUCCUGAAUUCAAGCGUGCUACAAAAUACUCGCUUUGCUCUGUGCGUGGCGUUGUUGACAGGCAACGAAACCCGGGUUGCCAUGACCCGUAUGACACCGCCCACAAAAUGGUCUAUGAUCGAUCAACAGUUUAAUCAAAUGAUCAUCGUCGUUUUUUUAAUUCAAUUUAUUUUAGUGACAGUGUACGUCACGUUAUCAGACACAACCUUGGAAAAGGAUCAACGCAUACUUUGGUAUCUUAGCAUGUAUGAAGGUAAAAUUGCAUUGGAUGAAUGCAUAAUCCUAUUGCCCUUACGAUUCUUUGCACUGGUGUCACCGAUGAUACCGCUCUCUUUUAAAGUCAUAACCGAUGCAUCCAAGGCGCUCAUUAGUCUUCUUAUCAAGUGGGAUGAGGAGAUGAGGGAUGAGCAGAAUCACACCGAGGUUCAUAAUUCUUCGCUCAUGGAGGAUUUGGGGCAGGUGGAAUAUGUAAUGUCGGACAAAACAGGAACUCUCACGCGUAACUCAUUGACGCUCAAGAGUGUUGUGACGAGCAGUGGCAAGACAUUCAGCCCAGGUGUUCUACAUGAAGCCUCUACCCUACUUCGGGCCCUACAGCAGGAUGAAUCGUUACUGCAUUUGAUGCGAGUAUUGGUAUAUUGUAAUACUGUGGAGAGCACGCAACAAAUGGCACUGAAUGUGACGCAGCCCACCAUGUUGAACUCUCCAUGCUUCUCGCCGUGGGUGUCGCCCUCGCCAGAUGAGGUAGCCCUGGUAGAAGGAGCCACUUUUUUGGGCGUAAAACUGCUCGAGCGAACACGCAAACGAGCUUUUGUAAUGUUUGGCAAUAAUGUUGAAUCAGCAACCGUGUUGAAGGUUCUUUCAUUCACACCAGAGCGUCGUCGUUCAAGUGUGCUUCUUCGGAUUGAUGGGGAUUUGCGAUUUCUUCUUCUUACGAAAGGCUCAGAUGAAAGUGUUCUGCCGCGGUGUAUUAAAACUUUGUACAACAGCAAAGCAACCUCACAUACGCUUACUAGUUUGAGCAGUGAAGGGCUGCGCACGCUGGUGAGUGCCUACCGCUACUUGACAAACGAGGAGGCAGAGUUAUGGUUGACAGAUAUACGGAAGAAAGAGGCGACCACUAUUGCAGCUGAACGAGAUAUAAGUCUUGCGCAGGCGUAUGAUGCAGUGGAAAGGGAUCUCGUCUACUGCGGCAUCACUGCGGUGGAGGAUCAACUGCAGGAUGAUGUUUGUCGAACCAUUACACAACUACGAACAGCUGGUGUGCGUGUGUGGAUGCUAACGGGGGAUAAAAGUCAAACAGCGAAGCAGACAGCCGUAGUCAGUGGUCUUGUGGGUGCUGAUGACAGAGUGAUUGCAUUAACUCCUGAUGAGGUUGAGUCUAUGUCACUGCAGGAACAUUUGGACUACGUUGAAAAACGUGUCAACUAUGCCCUGCAUAAACGACAGUUUCAAGAGGCUGAGAAGCAGCAUCGGACUCAUUCUUACUGGUACGUGCGAUUCGGUCUUCGUGAUUUUGUAGGAGAAUUCUUUCACCAUGACUCGGUCUUGUCGUUGCUCUUUCACACGUUGUAUGGCACUCCAUCGCGUGAUAAUCAUGAGCGCUUCCCAUACAAGAGUGUGGUAGCGAGUGAUCAGGAUGAUGAUGAUAAGGAGGAGGCACGGAGCACUACAGCGGUAAACGCGAACGGGGGCUAUGUAAUUUUCUUUUCAGGGAAGACUAUCGAGUUUAUAAGAGACUCUGGAAAUACGGAACUAUGUGCGAACUUUAAACGAGUGCUGUUGCAUGCCUCGACAGUCAUUUGUAGCCGUAUGACACCAGAGCAGAAAUCGUUUGUUGUGCAAACGGUGAAGCAAGCAGGUCAUGUGACGUUGGCCAUUGGGGACGGUGACAAUGAUGUGCCCAUGAUUCAGACUGCGCAUGUGGGCGUUGGCAUAAGAGGAAGAGAAGGUACUCAGGCGACUGCGGCUUCCGACGUUGUCGUAUCCAAGUUCUGCUUCUUAUCUAGGUUACUGCUGUUUCACGGUCACACGGCAUACCAACGUUCGGCGAUUAUAGUACAACACAGUUUUUGGAAAACCGUCGCUCUCGCAUGGAUGCAGCUACUCUUUAAUAUCUACGCAAAGUUUUCCGGUGUCUCAUUUUGGGAUUCAUUUUCUAUUAUGAUGUACAACUCGCUUUUUACCAUCCCUGUGACCUUUCUCUGUGCGCUGAAUCUUCCACUGCCGGCAUCCAUUUUGCUUAACCAUCCACAGUUGUACAUUCUCUCUCAGAGAGGCAGAUACUUAAAUAUGAUCACAUUUUAUGGCUAUGUUUUGAGAGGAUUCCUACAUGGAACUAUUAUAUUUUUUGUUGCAUUGAGUUUUAUUAAUGACAAUGUCAGUGGUGUAAUGCAGUUGGGCCAUCCAAUAGACCGCACAUGUGAUUUUUAUCUGAGCUGCCUCGCCUUGGUGACGCUGCACUCAUGCAUCAUACUGCUGGAGACACACUCAAUAACGCUGCUUCAUUGGUUGGCGUUGAUAUGGUCCGUCAUUGCCUUGUUUGUCGCUUUUUACAUUUUAUGGUUUUUUUUCAGGAAAUCACUCUUUUUUGGGACUCUUGAAAAAUGCCAGUUUUUACCUGCAGUGGAUUCUCGUGGUGGCGGUGCCGUUUAUGACACUCGCCGUGUAUUCUACGAUUAA